AUGUACGACUUGAUACAACAACGCGUCUCGUCCGACCUGGAAGACGUCGACGUGGAAACGACGCAAUCUUGGGCUCCAACAACAUCCCCCGACGACUGCGCAUUCGAGGACGGGGCAUUCCAACGCGAAAAGAUCCCCAAAUCUCGGAGCGAUCCGAUUACCUCGUCCCAUCGGCCUCGUGGAUGUCGCAAUACCUUGACAAGCGUCAGGCUGGGACCGACACUCCGAUGGCUGCCAUCCCCAACGCCGUCAUUUAAAAGUACUAAGGUCCCUUCUUUCCCUUCAUCAAAGAAGUUCUGGAUGGUGACCUGUUGUCCCUUCUUUUUACUCCUCAACAAGUACAUUCAAGUCUACGGACCUGUUUUUAACCUCUCCUUCGGGCCCAAGUCGUUUCUGAUUGUUUCCGAUCCCGUCAUGGCACGUCACGUCCUGCGUCAAACAAGCCCCGAAAAAAACUGUAAAGGGAUGCUGGCAGAAAUUCUGGAUCCCAUCAUGGGCAAAGGCCUCAUUCCCGCCAAUCCAGCCACCUGGAAAGUCCGUCACCAGGCGAUUGUCCCUUUGUUCCACAAGCAAUGGUUGAAUUGGAUGAUUACCAUCUUUACUGAACGCGCCGAAAUUCUUGCCAAUGAUUUACAACCCAAAUCAACCAAGGGGCAGGUCAUUGACAUGGAAGAACGUUUUUGCAGCGUCAAACUCGACAGUAUUGGCAAAGCCGUCUUCAACUACGACUUUGGUUCCGUCACGGGCGAAUCGCCAAUUAUCAAGGCCGUCCAAACAGAAUCAAACUACUCCUUCUUGUAA